GCUCCCUCCCCUGCCUUUAUUCGUAAUAAGGGAACCCUUUAGUAGGACCACCCCAAACUUUGGAGGGCAAAUUGCACCAACAUCCAUUCCUCUAAACCCUCCUUUGCUUGUAUAUAUUGCAUUCUCUCAUGGACCACUCAACCAAAGUUCCCCAAACGCAUAACACAGUCCCUCUCUUAUAAUUUACAUAUAAAUUCAUCAAACCUUCCAUUCCCAUUCAACUCUCUCUCCAUGGCCUCUCUUCAUCUUCAAUUCCUCAUCCUUUUUAUAUUCAUUCAAUCAAAUCUAUGUCUAUGUUCAACAACAAAAACAGUCAUUUUACCACUCAAAACCAAAGCAAUCUCAUCUGGGUUGAUUCUUAGACCACCCAACAAGCUCUCUUUCCACCAUAACGUCUCUCUCACUGUCUCUCUCGCCGUCGGAUCGCCGCCCCAGAAUGUUACCAUGGUGCUCGACACAGGCAGCGAGCUCUCCUGGCUCCACUGCAAGCGGACCCAAACCACACCCACCGUAUUCGACCCGGUUCGCUCCACCUCCUAUUCGCCCGUACCCUGUUCCUCCCCCACCUGCAGGACCCGAACCCGGGACUUCACCUUACCAGUUUCAUGCGACCCGAAGAAACUUUGCCACGCCGUCCUCUCCUACGCCGACGCCUCCUCCGUCGAAGGCAACCUCGCUGGAGACACAUUCCGGGUCGGCGGGUCGGAUCUUCCUGGAAUGGUAUUCGGGUGCAUGGAUUCCGGGUCGAGCUCAACCCCGGACGAAGACUCGAAGACAACCGGGUUGAUUGGGAUGAACCGGGGCUCCUUAUCUUUCGUCAGCCAAAUGGGUUUUCCCAAGUUCUCGUACUGCAUAUCGGGCCGUGACUCGUCGGGUAUUCUACUCUUCGGGGAGGCGAGUUUUUCGUGGCUCCGACCCUUGAACUACACACCCUUGGUUCAAAUCUCGACCCCUUUACCCUACUUCGACCGGGUCGCUUAUUCGGUUCAAUUAGAGGGAAUACGGGUUUCGGGUAAAGUCCUGCAGCUACCCAAAUCGGUUUUCGUACCGGACCACACCGGUGCGGGUCAAACCAUGGUUGACUCGGGCACCCAGUUCACUUUCCUUCUCGGGCCGGUUUACACCGCUCUGAAGAACGAGUUUAUGCAACAGACAAAAGGGGUGUUGAGAGUUUUCGAAGACCCGAACUUUGUAUUUCAAGGAGCAAUGGAUUUGUGUUACCGGGUCGAGUUGACCCGAACCAGCUUGCCUCUGUUACCGCCCGUGACGCUGAUGUUUCGGGGCGCCGAAAUGAGCGUAUCGUACGAGCGGUUAUUGUACCGGGUACCGGGUAUGGUGAGAGGGAGUGAUUCAGUGUAUUGCUUUACAUUUGGAAACUCUGAUCUUCUAGGUAUAGAGGCCUAUGUGAUUGGACACCAUCAUCAGCAAAACGUGUGGAUGGAAUUUGAUCUUGAAAAAUCAAGGGUUGGAUUGGCUGAGGUUAGGUGUGAUCUUGCAAGUCAACGACUUGGUUUGGAAAUUUAAAAUGUUAAGGUAGUGUUUUGAUACGCUGUAUCAUGGACCUACAUUGUCCAAUCCAUGGUCUACCUCGUGAGUUUAAUGUUAAGGGUGGCCCAUUGAUCGGACACUGUGGUUUGAUGAUACAGAAAUUGGGAGAUGUGAAAUGUUGUACCAUUAUGCUGUAGUCAGCAAUUACUAAAGGGUUAUGUUGAAGGAGAUGGACGGCUUGAUUUGCGUUUGAAGUGUAGUUUGGAAAUGAUGGUGCUGAUGAACGGUGGAUGGAGGCUCUAUAAUGUCAAGUGUAUGGAUGUGUAAUGGAGAUGGACUACAUUGGAUAAAAAUCUUUAUUUUAAAUUUUGACUGUAAAUGUCAGAGUGCCAGUCUGACACUUGUACAGCCGCCUUGGGGCGCUGGUUUUUUUUUGAGUUUUUUUCCAAACUGUCUUUUUUUUGUUUUGCUUUUUAUUUUUUAUUUUUCAA